UUAUUUUAUGAAUUCGUUGUUUAGACUUUAGUAACAUUUUUUUUGUUAUUGUUUCUUAAGGCCAAGUUAAAAAAUAUGUAUUAUGGCUACACUGUGUAACACUUAACCGCCUAGUUUUUAAAUAAGUAACAAGGUAGGAUGCGGUUAAAUAAUAUGGUAUAGUUAAUCGUAGCCGGCAUCUAUACUGUGUUGUAUGUCUUGUUUUGAAUUUUCAUAUUUCUUAUAAUAAAUAAUUAUUACCGUUCUUUUUUAUUUAUUGUAACAUUAUUUAGCUUGGAAACGCUACUAUAUUAAUAUAGUACAUAGGUAUUAUUACCUAGGUAUUAAUCUCGGAGCUCGCUAUUUGAAGUAUAGUAAAUUUAUGCAUACCAGAAACUAUGGAUUUUUUAGUUGAGCCAAAAAACGAACUUUUUGGAUUUAAUGAGUUGAAGAUGGAAUCUUUAUCUCCUACAUUUGAUGAUGAAGUUAAAUUCUAUUCAGAAGUCAGUGAUUUGGAUAAUGACCUUGCAAUGCAAUGGAGUAUUGAAACAUGUUUUGGAAACGGUAUUGAGUUAGAAAAAAAUGACUUUUCUCCUCCGUCUUCACCUUCAUCCAAUGGAUCUAUGCCUAGUGUAGAUUCACUAUCAUCAUGCGAAUCAAACCAGGUAUUGUCAAAUAGCUCAUCACCCAAUGCACAUAAAGAAUUUGAAUUAAACACCAGUAAAGUUAUUGCCCCUAAGCCAAUUGAAUUAAACCAACAAUUUCGAAAACUUAAUUUUAUACCUACUCCAGAUAAACUCACUCCUGAUAAAAUUAUUUCUUCAAGAACUGGUACGCUGAUACACAAUAACUUCAAUGUCUCUUCAAUGUUGACUAAUCAAUCUGUUCAACGUCCAAUUAAGAUUUCAAGGACACCAACAUCAAGUGUUUCUCAAAAAAUCAUGUUAACUCCAGAUCAAUUUUCGAAAAUAACUAAAAUGCAUAAAGAAAUAAAAGUUCAACCUGAAUCGGCUAUUCCAACAGCACCGUUGGUAACGAGUACAUCAGACAUAAGUUCUCGGUUAUCGAUUCCUAGAGUUGAUUUAACUACGACUAGAUCUCACAGCCCAACUACCUUACAGUAUAAUCAAAUAAAUGCAAUAAAACGACAUCAGCGAAUGAUUAGAAAUCGAGAAGCAGCGAGUUUAUCAAGAAAAAAGAAAAAAGAAUAUGUCACAUCACUUGAAGAAAAAGUGAACAUGCUGCAGAAAGAAAAUUUAGAAUUGAAAAUAGAAAAUUCAUCUCUCAAAGAAAGACUCAAAAUAUUUGAUAAACUAUCGAUGAUAACUGAUCGACCGUUAAUCAAAAAGGCAAAAAAAGCUACUGCUAUACUUUCUGUAGUUCUAGUAAUCUCUUUCAAUAUCAUUCCUUUAGGACUCUUUAAUUCAAGGCAAUCUGACAAUUCUGGAAUUUCUAUGAAUCAAUUAAGAAAUAAUAAACCAAAAAGCAUUGAUAAGUUUAAUUAUCACAGUAGAAAUAUUUUGUGGGUCAGCGAUUUUGAAGAUACUAACUCUUCCUGGAAUUCUACUGAACAUUUAAUGUGUCCUAUGUAUAUUAAUGUAUCUGAGUCAAAAAGAAUUGAUAGUGAACUAAGAAAAUGGAUUGAACCAAGAAAUAUAAAUUUGGAUAAAGACGAUAUUACUGUAGUUCAAAUUGACUCGAACAUGCUAAAUUCAAAUACUAAAAAUAUAAAUCAAAACAAAACUGUCAAAAGCAAGGAUAAAAAAAAAGAAAAAUCGCAUAAUCCCAACUUGAAGAAACAAAGAGAUAGUCUGUUUAAAAACAGUUUCAUUGAAAUGUUUGGUCAGCUUAAAUUUGAUGCUAAAGAAAGUUUAUUUGAUUCAAUCGAAAGACAAGAAGAUACAUUUUAUGUUGUAUCCUUUUCUGGUGAUCAUCUAUUAUUGCCAGCAAGUCAUAAUGUCUCUAACACUACACAUCGACCCAAAAUGUCACUUGUAUUUCCUGCGUUAACAUCAAAUGGAUCUGAUUUUGUAACAAUGAUACAAAUCGAUUGUGCGGUAACAGAUACAAAAACUUUACACUUGCGUGACACUCAUUUAAGAAACAAUAAUGAUCUUAGGAAUAAUGCUUCUCACCCUAAACAAAAUAACAUCAGGAGAACUAGCAUGGCGCACAGACCAUAUUUCUUACGACAAACCUACUCUGGAACAAUGUUUGGUAAAAUUAACAAUAGACUUCCUAGUUAUUAAAAAUUAUACAUAUUACUUACAUUUUUUAUUCAUGAUGUAUUAUUUUAUUAAUAUUAUAUGAAAUACUUUAUUUUAUUUUAUAAAAUGUGAUCUACUAUUACCUAUUUAUAGAACUAUUGAUGAUUUGAAAUUAUAUUUAUUUUAAAUUAAAUAUAUUUCCUAACUUUCAAGUUACUAGUAAAACUAAUUGUUGCAAUAAUAAUU